UUACAACUUGAUUUGAAAACAUCCCGCUUAGUUUUAUUUUCAAUUUGUAAUGCAAGAUGUCGAAAUUACGCGAUGCACUCAAGCUAUCAUAUUGCCGGUAUUACAGUGCGAAAAAGAAGCUACCAAUUAUUGCUUGUAAACGCCCAGAACUAAACCAUUAUGAGGGCCAAACAUACAGUAAGUUUGAUAGCGUAAAACUCGCUUCCCAGGGCUGGUUGCACGCUAAAUCUAAAAACGACUACUUUAUUAUAUACGGGAACGCAAAUAAAAAGGAGGAGAAAGAGGUUUAUAGAAAAACUUUUGAAGAAAUUGGGUUACAUAGUGAGCUCGUGGAGGUUAUGUCCCAGCUAGGAUAUUCCUUACCCACUGCCAUACAAGCGAAGUCUUUUCUGCCUAUUAUACAAGGGCAUAACACUGCAGUGACUGCUGAAACUGGUUGUGGGAAGACAUUGGCUUAUUUGCUUCCGAUUUUACAGCAUAUACUUGAGUGGAAGCCUCAUGUACAAGAAGAUUUCAACAGCCCCUUGGCCGUGGUUAUUACGCCGAGCAGGGAAUUAGCUCUACAAAUUGGAGAGGUUGCACAAAGCAUCUCACAGAAUCUAAACAUUAAUAUCUCAACUCUUGUGGGGGGUAAGACAAAACAGAAGAUGCUAAAUCCACCAAUAGAAUACUGUGACAUGCUUAUAACCACGCUCGGUGCGUACAGUAAACUGGUCACUACAAACAUCUACAAAAUUCACAAUGUGCAUCAUAUAGUUUUGGAUGAAGCGGACUCAUUGUUGGACGACAGUUUUAUUGACAAGCUGUCUUAUUUGAUGAAGAAGUUCUCAUUCCAAUUCAAAGUGGAUAUCAAAUCCCCGCCUGAAGGGUGUCAAGUUACACUGGUCAGUGCAACAUUACCACAUGAGCUACCAGAAGCUGUUAACUCCUUCAUGGACCCCCAGUCUUUAAGAACGGUCACUACCAACAAAAUACAUAAAAUAUUGCCUCAUGUACCUCAUAAAUUCCUUCGCAUAGGAAAAGCUCAGAAGCCUGCAGAACUGUUAAAACUGGUGCAAGCAGACAUAAACCAGCAGAAACCUGUCAUGAUAUUCUCGAACAAGACCGCGACCUGCGACUUUGUGUCCAUGUUUCUCAAUGAGAACAAUGUAGAAUGUAUCAAUGUCAACGGGCAGAUGGCAGUGCCGUUGAAAUUGGGGAAAUUUGAAAUGUUCAGAAGUGGGAAGAUUAACGUGUUGUCUUGUACAGAUAUUGCUUCGCGUGGUUUGGAUACUACUAGGGCGCGUCAUAUAAUAAAUUACGACUUUCCUCUAUACACUGCUGAGUACCUUCACCGAACCGGGCGCACCGGCCGUCUGGGGUCAUCGACCGACUGCCGCGUCACCAAUUUCGUGGCUUGGCCCCGAGAGAUACAGCUCGUGCAGAAAAUAGAGGCCGCAGUGCGGAAAAACGCACCGUUGCCUAACGUCAAUGCUAAUAUUAGAAGACUCAUUGAGGAUAGGAUUGCGAAAACCUCCGCAGCUGGUUUGCAGUAGGUAAAAAAAAACACCUUUCAAUAUAGUGUAUAUUAUUCUACCCUUUCAUUUGAUCCAUAUUGAAAUUGUGGAAAAAGAAUCUUGAAAUUUGCUAUAGUGUACAGUAUAGAUAUCCAUAUUGAGGGAGUUGUGAAAAAAUAAAUAAUCCGCCAUUUUGUGGCGGCGGCCAUCUUGUACGGAUUUUCAUGAAACAUAGCUUAGAACUCACUCCUGACUAAUUCACCUUUCAAACAAAAAAAAUCGAUUCAUCAGUACGGGAGCUACGAUACCAACACAUAUACAGACACGUCAAACUUAUAGCACCCCGUCUUUUUGCGUCGGGGGUAAAAUUUGUAUUCAAAAAUGUACCUAAUGUAUUUAAUUUAUGUACAUUUCAGUAUAUUUUUGUGGGUACAUAUAGUAUGUUAUGUUAAAUAUUUAUGUAGACCUAUCACAGGUUUAUAAAUAUGUAUGUAUGUGAUGA